AUUGGGCCUUUGGAAUCCUUGGGCCGCCCUGGGCUUUGGCCUUCGCCGAGUGCCGCAGCUUCCUCCCUCCGCUACCAACCUUCGUCUUCGCCGGCUACCAAGCUAUCACCACCGCACAUUGGAUACCCACAGUACCGACUAAUUUCUUGACCACACUGCCCGCCUACAUACUCGAGAGCUCGGAGCUGGAUCCGGCGUUGUUCUGCGGAUAUGGCGACUGAGUUCAUGAAUGGAGCGGUGGACCCGGAGACGCUGUAUACGAAGCAGGCAUGUAUUGGUGGUGGGAGCUUUGGAAAGGUUUAUAAAGGAGUAGACAAACGCACCGGUGCCUCCGUCGCCAUCAAAGUCAUCGACGUCGAAAACGCUGAAGACGAAGUCGACGACAUCAUCCAGGAAAUCGCUAUCCUCUCCGAGCUGCAUUCACCCUACGUCACGAAGUACUUCGGCUCGUUUCUGAAAGGGUCGGACCUAUGGAUCAUCAUGGAGUUCUGUUCUGGUGGGAGCUGUGGGGAUCUGCUGAAGCCGGGGGUUAUACCGGAGGAGUAUAUUACUAUCAUACUAAGGGAGUUGUUGAUGGGGCUGGAGUAUCUGCAUGCAGAUAAUAAGCUGCAUCGGGAUAUCAAGGCGGCAAACAUCCUUCUGGGCUCCAAUGGCCAGGUCAAACUCGCGGAUUUCGGCGUCUCGGGCCAGCUCUCUGCUACGAUGACCAAGAAAAAUACCUUUGUGGGAACCCCUUUUUGGAUGGCGCCAGAAGUUAUCAAGCAGUCUGGCUAUGAUCACAAGGCAGACAUAUGGUCACUCGGUAUCACAGCGCUUGAGCUCGCAAUGGGCGAACCGCCAUACUCGGACAUCCAUCCUAUGAAAGUGCUUUUUCUCAUCCCGAAGAAUCCUCCACCAACGCUAGAGGGCAACUUCAGCAAACCUUUUAAAGACUUCGUCGAGGCGUGUUUGAAGAAAGAACCACGGGAGCGGCCGUCCGCGAAAGAGCUCUUGAAGCAUCCAUUCAUUCGGAAAGCAAAGAAAAACACCUAUCUCACGGAGCUGAUUGAGCGGAACGAGAGGUGGUAUGCACGGCAUGGCAAAGACUCAGCCGAAGAAGAGGAGGAUGAGCUGGAGCAGAACGCCCCUCAGAAGCGAGCUCCUGCUCAGGAUGACCUCUGGGACUUCGGCACCGUCCGGCCAGCAGGAGGCACUCGGGGAGGACAACUUCAAGCCAUGAACGAGGCAGCUCAGAAUGCGAGGAAGACUUACUCGUCCGACCCUUUACCCCAGUCACCAACUCGAAAACCGGUUGAAUCGGACAGGGGGUCUGAGAACGCGUUUACACCUACAGGCACCAUACGGGCAUCGAGUCCACCACAAUUGCCACCAUCCCCGACCAAGAGACUAGCAAGCACACCCACGACACCACUGUCGCCUGGCGGGGCAGCGAGGGUACCGCUUCCACUGUCACCAGAGAAGAAGCGCAAUCCUCCUCCACCGCCACAGCACUCGCCUCCUCGUGCAUCGCAGUCUUUCAAUCCGCAGACGCCGCAGAAACCGCUGCCACCUACACAUUCUAGCAACCCCUUAAAUUUAGAGUUUGACGACUAUAUUCAGCAAGCCAUAGCGGCGGACAUGGCAUCGCUGGAUAUAAACUCACCUGUCGCGCCACAGACCGCAGAGAGACAAAAGCCAAAGCCAAGUUUGCUCUCUAGCCCAUUCAGUCUGCCGCCAAUACCGCCCUUCAAGGGCCAAAGCCGCAACUCUCGGACAGACGCAGCUAACUCUGGCUCCAGUGCGCAGACUGCGGUCAAGGCAUCAGAGAAACCCCUACCAGUCCUAGGACAGCAACCUCUCCCUACUUUCUCGCCGCCUCCACCCCCUGGACUGCACUUGCGUGGUGGUAUGGGGCUAGACGUGGAUGGCAGCUCUGUACUACAGCAGCCGCCAGUCCCACCGCAUCACCAACUCCCUAUCCAGCCUCAGCUCCCAGCACACCUCCAAUCUCCCUCACGACUGUCGUCGCCGAGAAGCAGUCUGAAUCCACCCGGCAUCGAGCUGAGUCUAGAAACCCCCAACCGCACCCCUCGCAUGCGCCUUUCCGGCGGCUCCAACCGCAUCAAGAGCAUGGGCACCCCCCAACAACGCGCCGACGCCUCGGCUCGCAACUCCAUCCUCACCGCCACCAACCCCAACAGCCGCGAAAGCACCAGCACAACCUCGAGCACGAGCCCCGAGAUCACGGCCCUCAACGGCGUCGUCAUCCCCGCCCUCGAAGCCGCGCUCGCACGCCGCACGUGGAACUUGAGCCAGCAGGUCAAGAAGGAGGCGGAGCGCGAGCAGCGGGGGGCGCUGAGCGAGCGGGAGGAGAAGCUGGCGCGGAAGCGGGCCGAGGCGCAUGAGAGCGUGAAGAGGCUGGUUGCGAAGGCGGCGAGGGUCAUGCGCGAGAUUGAUGCGUGGGAUGAGGCGGCGCCGGUGGGGAUGGGGGGCGAGGUGGUGGGGUUUUUGGAGGGGUUUUUGGAGGAGGUGCUUGUGAGGGUUGAGGCGGAGGAUGAGUGA